AUGCGAGCAAAAAGCAAGCGCGUUUCCCGUCGCAAACGGAGACAGCAGCCCUCGCCUCCCCGCGAGUUCGACUCAACCAACGACUCCGACCUGGGCCGCGCACUCUGGGCCUUCGACGAGAGCAGUGAGGCCCCCUCGAGAGACAAUUCUGUCCCUCCGCUCCUCAAACUCCAUAUCCAACACGAUGUCUCCCCUCACCAAAUCAACCCCGAUUAUUUCCCUCCCUGGCGACGCUGGGUAAUCCCAGCCUCAGCCGAGCCGUCCCCUCCUGCACCCAUUCCCUCCUUCAGCGACCCUCGCUACGAGACAUUCCUCGCUGUGCGCUGUAACACCUACCUGCGCGAGGCCCCAAACGGCAUAGCGCUCAACUGCCGCAUGCUGCUCGAAAAACUCCUCUCCAGCCAACACAACAACAGUAUCAGCCCCCAAGAAGGCGAGGCCGCCCUCCACCGCUUCUUCAAUGACCGCUUCUGCAUCACCGUCCAGCAGGUCGCCAACAAAAACAAGGAAAAACUCUUCCUCGACAUCGGAUGCCUGCUCGUGCCUCCCGUUGAGAGGACCUAUAUCCCCGUUGAUACUCCCUCCUACAGGACCGUUGCCCGGUUGACGGAGAGUGUGAUGGAUUCUUGGAGUAGCAUGAUCCCGCUCGUGCCUGGGACGGUUCCCCCAAGGCCAGAUUACGCGGUUGGUUUCCGCCGCGAGGCGUUCACCCGCUUCCAACUGGCCAAUUUGUCGCGGUUCUUGGGCAGCUUCCCCGCAGGUGACCAGUCCAUCUUCCUCGCGACAUACUACAUGUGCUUCCCGUUUCUCGUGUGCCACGUCGCCGGGCCGGACGAGACGCUCGACACGGCCGACAGGCGCGGCGCUGCUGCUGCGGCUGUCUCCAUGCGCGCUGUGACAGAGUUGUACUCCCUGCUGGGCAUGACGAGGUUGAUCGAUCGCCGGAUCUUGGCGUGGUCUGUCAGCUUUGAUUACUCCACUGUCCGGGUGUAUGCGCACUACCCCGUUAUGAGGGAGGGGUUUGACCCGAGGUAUCAUCGCAAGCUGGUGCUUAGCAUGGUGUAUACUGCGGCUGGGGGUGAUGGGGAUGAGGAUGAAGAGAGGGGUGAGGAGAGGUUUCGGCGGACGUAUUGGUUCAUUAAGGCGGUUUAUGAGGAGUGGAGUCAGAAGCAGUAUGAAAGGAUUGCGUGGGCUUUGGAUCGCAUUGGCGUGGCGACUGUGCCAGAAGAGGGCGGGAGUGAUGUGCUGUGA